AUGGAUCCAUGGAUGGAGCGCGCUAUACAUGCUAUUGCAUCCUCCACGUAUGCCUCUACCCUAUGGUCCAUGAUGGAUCUUGGACUGCAACUCUUCAUGUGCCUCUACGGCCUAUCAGUAUUCCUUGAGACCCCACACGAGCUUCGCAAAGGCCGUAUCCCAUACGUCGUUGUUAGCUUCGCCAUCCUCACCCUAUCCGGGCUUGCGGCUGUCCGAAGCGGGUUUAUGACCUUCAAGUUUCUUUACGACUCUGCCGGGCCUGGUGAUAUAUUCCGUCUGAUCAACGAACUGGAGAGUGCCUGGCAUCGUAUCGCUGCUGUGGUGCUCAUCGAUGCGUACAUUUGGCUUGGAGAUGGGCUUCUGCUAUACAGGUGCUACAUGAUCUGGAAGGAUCGAGCAUGGGCAAUAACAUUACCUGCCCUUCUGUACAUUUCGUCCAUCGUUGUCGAAAUCUACCAAAUUCAGCGUCAAGCAAAAGUCCUAUCUAAUCCGGACGCAACCAUCGCGGACUACGACCAGAUCAUAGCGCUCAACAGCAGUUUUCUGUUCCUAACGGUCUCCACCAACAUCAUUGUCACCGCGCUAAUCGCUUUUAAACUCCUUCGUGCUCAUUCUCGUUUCUCUUCUGCCCUACCUGGACGGGACGUAACUAUAUACCGCAAAAUUGCAGGUAUUGUCAUCGAAUCCGCGGUUCCUUUGACUGCGUGCGGCAUUGGAUAUGCGAUUACGGAUAUAUUUCAACUUUCUUCAAAUCCCUACCUUGAUAAGGACAAUUCGAGCAGUAUCAAUAAAUGGGCGACAAUGUCGAGGGCGAACAUCGUUCUUGGUAUGCUCUACUAUUCCGCUGCGGCGCUUGCACCACAGAUGCUUAUCUUCAGGGUAACGACCGGGCGGUCAUGGAUCAGUCACGCAUUGAAGGCGUCGGGAACAGGUCCCGCACAGUUCUCGCAGGCGUUGCAGUUUAACCACACAAUGUCAAACGGGUCUUUGGGAGCUCACGACGCAGAGUCAGCUCCAGGAUGCCCUGUCAAUGUUGCGAAAGGUCCCAGCGUAUCGAUAGCAUAA